AAGGGGAGGAACUUUUCCUGCACUGCAGAGCUUUGUCCAGUCGAAUUAACACCAGUAUCAUGGCGAUUCACGUCUUCGAUAAUGAUGAAUACAGACCACCAGUAUGGAAAUCUUACUUGUACCAGCUCCAGCAGGAGGCGCCACAUCCACGGCGAGUCACUUGCAUUCGUGAGGUUGAAAACAGACCCAAAUACUACGGUCGAGAGUACCAUGGUAUGAUCUCCAGAGAGGAGGCUGAUCAGCUGCUGAGUGUUGCUGAAGGAAGUUACCUUAUAAGAGAAAGCCAGAGACAACCUGGCACCUACACCUUAGCCUUACGCUUCGGGAACCAGACUCGCAACUUUCGCCUCUAUUAUGACGGGAAGCACUUUGUGGGAGAGAAGCGGUUCGAGUCGAUCCAUGACCUGGUCACUGAUGGCCUGAUCACACUGUAUAUCGAAACCAAAGCAGCUGAGUACAUUGCCAAGAUGACCAUCAACCCCAUCUAUGAGCAUGUAGGCUACACCACAUUGAACCGCGAGCCAGCGCUGAAGAAACCUGCAGUUGUUUACACGCAUGUGACUGAUGGGAAAGUGGCACCUGAAGAGGACGGUGGCCUGGAGGAAAGACUUACCUCGCUGGUGCGGCGGGCCACGCUGAAGGACAACGACCGGGCACCCAAGUAUGAGAAAGUGCACAACUUUAAGGUGCACACGUUCAGGGGGCCACACUGGUGUGAGUACUGCGCCAACUUUAUGUGGGGACUCAUUGCUCAGGGAGUCAAAUGUGCAGACUGUGGCUUGAAUGUUCAUAAGCAAUGUUCCAAGAUGGUGCCCAACGACUGCAAGCCAGACUUGAAACACGUAAAGAAAGUGUACAGCUGUGAUCUGACCACUCUGGUAAAAGCUCAUAAUACCAAACGACCCAUGGUGGUGGACAUGUGCAUACGAGAGAUUGAAACACGAGGUCUGAAAUCUGAAGGUCUCUACAGAGUGUCUGGAUUUAGUGAAUUAAUGGAGGAUGUCAAGCUGUCCUUCGACAGAGACGGCGAGAAGGCUGACAUCUCAGUGAACGUGUAUGAAGAUAUCAACAUCAUCACGGGUGCUCUCAAACUCUACUUCAGGGAAUUGCCCAUUCCUGUUAUCACUUACGAUGCGUACCCACGCUUCAUCGAGGCUGCCAAGCUGAUGGAUCCCGAUGAGCGUCUUGAGGCACUUCAUGAAGCUCUGAAGCUGCUACCUCCUGCUCACUGUGAAACUCUGCGCUGUCUAAUGGCUCACUUAAAAAGGGUGACACAGAAUGAGAAGGAUAACCUGAUGAAUGCAGAGAAUUUAGGAAUCGUGUUUGGUCCCACUCUGAUGCGAGCGCCAGACCUCGAUGCCAUGACUGCGCUAAACGAUAUCCGCUACCAGAGGCAGGUGGUAGAGUGUCUGAUAAAGAACGAAGACAUCCUCUUUUAGCCUCUACUCCAAUCCCGAGGAAACAGUUUUUUUUAUCACGGACUGUCGCUUGUAUUUUCUAUUGUUUCUGUUUGUGCAAAGACUUGAACCUGAAGAUGAAGGAGCCCUUGUAUAAUACAUUUUUUCUACGUUAAGUGGAGCGGUAUUGUUUGCUCACCGUUCUGAUUUCCCCAUUUAUUGGGCGUAUAUAUUAUGUACUUUAUGUAAAUUUGCAUGCUUUCCUCCCCAUUUUUGUCGGGGGUAAUAGUGACUCAGCGAGCAUUGUUUGUUUAUUUUGGGAUAGUUCAUGAUUUAUUGUGGGAUAGCUGUAGCUUGGAUCUUCUCCCGCAGCAUGUGAUAAAGCUCGUGAAGUCUG